AUGGACUUGGAUAUGUCCUCGGGCAGCGGCACGCCGCAAGUGCAACCUCAAGCUCAGCAGCAAGGAGACUCGCAGGCUCCAGGUCCGCCCGCAUCUAGCACUUCGACGUCGACAUCCGCUGGCGGAGUUCGAUGCGACGCAGCAAGCCUCGGUGUGCCUUGCACAAACUGUGUUGCCUUUCAAAUCGAAUGCCGUAUUCCAAACCCAAAGCGCAAAAAGACCACAGGCUCUGGCAGCCAAACCAACAAGGAUUCCGAUAGCACGUUUCUCUCAUCUAGCGAUCGAGGCGAUGGUACUGAAGAUCCUUCGCCGCGUCCUGCAGCUCCCCCAAGUACGGCAUCACUCACGCCAAGGGCUCCUUCAGUAUACCACUCCAACAAUGGCACUCCUCCCACCGCUUGGACGGAAGCUCAAGCACGUAAAGAGGAAGUUGACAACGGAACCUAUCUUGACAUAGUCAUGAAACCCAAAUUUACGCGCGCACCUAUCACUGAAGCUGGACGAGUCGCAUAUCUUGGCGAAUCUUCCAAUCUCACUCUGCUUGUUCACGAUCGUCAAGGCUCAGCGGAUGUUGUACAUUACCCGCUGCCUGAGAAUGUCCGCGGUACCCGAGCUCGACUUACAGAACUUGACAAUGUUGAGAUAGAUAUUCUACAUCAGAGAGGGGCAUUCUUGCUCCCCCCAAGAACACUCUGCGACGAACUCAUCGAUGCGUACUUCAAAUGGGUCCAUCCUAUUGUGCCAGUUAUUAACCGCACCCGAUUCAUGCGACAAUAUCGAGACCCCAAGAACCCUCCAUCACUGCUACUACUCCAGUCCGUCCUUCUGGCAGGUACUCGCGCUUGCAACAAUCCCCAACUCAUGGAUGCCAACGGAUCGACAACUCCUGCCGCCCUCACUUUCUACAAGCGUGCCAAGGCCUUGUAUGAUGCCAACUAUGAAGACGAUCGCGUGACAAUUGUUCAGUCAUUACUUCUCAUGGGCUGGUAUUGGGAAGGCCCCGAAGAUGUCACCAAGAACGUAUUUUACUGGAGUCGCGUGGCAACCAUUGUUGCGCAGGGUUCGGGCAUGCAUAGGUCUGUUGAACAGUCGCAAUUAAGCCGAGCAGACAAGAGGCUAUGGAAGCGUAUCUGGUGGUCUCUCUUUACUCGUGAUCGUUCAGUGGCGGUUGCUUUGGGUCGACCUGUCCAUAUCAAUCUGGACGACGCAGACGUGGAGAUGCUGACUGAAGACGAUUUCAUCGAGGAUGAGGCAGACCGAGCAAGUGAUUAUCCACCGGAUCCGAUCCAUGUUCAGUUCUUUCUAGAGUACGUCAAACUGUGCGAAAUCAUGGGAUUGGUCUUGUCACAGCAAUAUUCGGUCGCGUCCAAAGGACUUAAACGAAAUGCGAUUGAUCUCACGCAUAGCGACAUGGCUUUGGCCGACUGGCUGCAAAAUUGUCCGAAAAUUGUUUAUUGGGAGAUGCCUCGCCAUCAUUUCUGGUCUGCGCUACUGCACUCGAACUAUUAUACGACCUUGUGUCUCCUCCAUCGAGCACAUAUGCCACCAGGUGGCUCAUCGCGCUUGCCUGAUCCCUCGCCUUACCCUUCCCGCAACAUUGCUUUUCAGGCAGCGGCCAUGAUAACUUCCAUCGUCGAGAAUCUUGCUGCGCAUGAUCAGUUGCGGUAUUGUCCCGCUUUCGUUGUAUACAGUCUGUUUUCAGCACUUAUCAUGCAUGUUUAUCAGAUGAAGUCGCCGGUCCCUUCCAUUCAACAGGUCACCCAAGACAGGUUACGGAGCUGUAUGUCAGCCAUGAAGGAAAUCUCGCGAGUUUGGCUCGUGGGUAAGAUGGUGUAUGCACUCUUUGAGUCUAUCAUGGGCAAUAAGGUACUGGAAGAGCGACUGCAAAGGGCUGAAGGCAAACGACAUCGAAAUCUGCGCCAAAGUCUUUCACAUUUGGAACAACAGCAAAAUCGGCAGGCUGAAGCAACGAAACGAAAAUAUGACGACAUGGCUAUCGACUUUAGCACCACUACACCCCAGCCUCAAGAAUCUUAUGAGAGGUCGCGGCCUCAGACGCCGAGUGCUGUUAAAACAGAACCGAUGAGCUCGAUGCAACCUCCGCCAGUCACAUCUCCAAACAGUAGACAUACUACAGCCGAUACUUUCAUGGGGGGCACGAACUCUCGUCCACAAACUCGACCAGCAACGCCCUUCAAUCCAUCAUUCUCUGUACCACCAACGCCCCCUGAUCUCUACCUGGUGACAAGGAACUCUCCAAACCUGUCACAAUCCCUUUGGGAGAACUUUCAACCGGAUCAGUUGUUUCCUGAUAGCGCUUCUAUGCCAGCCUUCCCAAACCUGUCGCCGACACAAACACAUUCCAAUCUUGACCACAACAACAUGGGUUCAAUGCCAUCGGGUAACGGACAAAGUGGGAUGCACAACCCACAAGCGGGACAAUUUCAACACCGCGGGAAUGGAAUGAUGCCUCAAGGCUUUCAGAGUCACGGAAACAUGUGGCAACAACCUAACCUCGACCCUAACUUACCGGAGGGGCAGAGCCCAGAUAGCUGGAGUACCGCAUCAGGACCAGGUCAAGCUGUUCCAACAACACUCAACGUAGAGGACUGGUUUCAAUUCUUCGGUAUCAACGGUACAGAUCCCAAUCAUAUUAAUCUCGACAUGCCAUUGGGCUGA